CUCACACGCGCGCACACUGGGGAUUUCCACCCAAGCGCUUGUUUCCUUCACUUGUUUUGCUUUCGAUCUGAAGAGCGAAAUCAAACCCAUUUGACUUUUCGUUUUGUUAUCGAGAACUACAAAAUUAUCGAGACUCUUCGCGCGCUCUUUGCCUGUAUUCCUGGAGUGAUUUCCACGCGUCACAGGCCAGCAUGCCGGUGGAGAGAAUGCGUAUGAGACCGUGGUUGGAAGAGCAGAUAAACUCUUGUAAAAUUCCGGGGCUCAAAUGGGUCAACAAGGAGAAGAGGAUAUUUCAGAUUCCAUGGAUGCAUGCUGCGCGACACGGCUGGGACGUAGAGAAAGAUGCCCCGCUCUUCCGAAACUGGGCCAUCCAUACAGGGAAAUAUCAGCCAGGUGACAAACCGGACCCCAAAACAUGGAAGGCAAACUUUCGCUGUGCAAUGAACUCCCUGCCUGACAUAGAGGAGGUGAAAGACAAAAGCAUCAAAAAGGGAACAAACGCCUUCAGGGUGUAUAAGAUGCUGUCAGCGUCUGAAAGGCAUUCAAAGAGAGGAAAAAAGAGAGGAAUUGAAAAAGAAGAAAAGAUAAAGCAGGGAGCACGACCGUGCCCUGUGCCUUCGAGUUGGGAAAACAGUAAUGGCUCUUCGUCGUGUAAAACCCCAGUCACAAUCAAGCAGGAGGCAGAUAACUCCAGUACAGAGGCUGGUGGGAGGAGCCCUGCAGACGACCACCUGAUCAUCAACGAUCUGCCAGACGUGUGUCAGACCAUCGAGGUGGUGACGGAAAACGAGGAGCAGGCCGUGACCUCCAGCGACCUGUACCCCUUACAGAUCUCCCCCGUCUCCUCGUAUGGAGCAGAGAGCGAUACAGACAGCGCCAGCGAGGAAGACUCCAAAGAGCGUAUUCAGGCCGUGCUAUUUGGAAAUGAAGAGAAGGUGAAGACUGCUCUGCCCGGCAUGUCCUCUUUCAUUUCUCCCGACAAGCCUAACUUCAAGAUAACCACUGUCCGGGACCCCGCGGCCUGGAGUCUCUUAAACGCCCCUUUGCCCUCGUCCUCCCACAGCCCCGGAGCCUCCAGCCAGCUGUCGGUCCACGAAAAACGUGCCAGCGUCAUCAUGAAAACCUCAGACGUGUCCAAAUCCUCCGUCAAGACUUGCUGAUGAACCUUGCACUCGUGGAGAACACUAUAUCAUCGUCGCCUUCGGUAAAGGACCUAACGAGCUCACGGGACAGCGACGGACCACUCUGCGGGGGGGGAGCUGACCCGGUGCUCCCGGACAGGAAGUGACGCGUGAGCUUACAUUCAGGGAGUUUUUGAGAGCAGCGGCGUGUAUCCGUAAGCUGCCGGAGUGAUCCGCAAAGCCAUUGUGAAUGUGUAUAUAGAGGGAUCAUCGCCUAAUUGCCUUUAGUCGCCCGAGCACCUUAUGGAUGAGCGCUGGCUGCCGUAAUCAGCGACUUUUGUAGCUCGCAAUCAAGGAUAGACGUUCUACGAGAAUAAAACGUAUGCACAUACAUGCCAUCAACUUAACUUAUCUUAAGACCUUAUUGUGAGCGAAUCAAUUUUUAUACCUUAGGGAUAUUUUAUGCAAUGGAUAGUACAUGCCAUUUUACAUUAUGGGCCCUGUGAUGUAAGAAAAAAAACAAUCCUGUGUGAAUUUGUGGUUUUUAUGACAAAGCAAAGCACUUGUUUUAUGAUUUUUCUUUUUUUAUUGUUAUGAAAAAUAUAAGUUAGGACCUUUUAAUGCGUCUCUUUCUACUGUACAUGUGAACGUAAAGAUGUAAAGUGUAUGUCCUGCUUGUCUUGUGUCUGCAGCUGUGUAUUCAAGUCCCAGAUAAUGUGUGCGCCUAUCGGAUCUUUAUACACAGUAAAGGGCUUCUUUUACGAUUUCCACAAGAUUCUGGUGUAUAAAAAUCAUGUGAUCAUAGGAAUAAAUGAUAGACACUG